AUGGAAGACUUUAAAAAUGAUAUAAAAAGAGAACAUGAAGAUAUAACAAAUGAAAUAAUAAUAAAUGAUGAAGAAAAAAAUAAUGAAGGAAAGUUAGAAUAUAUAAAAGCUGAAGAAAAAAACCUUGAAAUUGUAAAAAAUGAAGAAAUGAAUGAAAAAAUAAGCUUUGAUGUAUUUUCAUAUUUAAAUAAAAUAUAUAAAAAAUAUGGCUUAUAUGAAGAAGAAAUAUCUAGAUUUUUAUUAUAUGUGAAAAAAAGAAGAGGAAAAUUAAAAAAUAAAGUUUUAUAUAAGGUUAAAAAGAUAGGUAAGUAUGUUACUAAAAUUUAUCAUACAGAAGCAGUGGAUGAAAAAUAUUUAGAAUUAUUAAUUUUAGAUGUAGAAUUAUGUAGAUGUAGAUAUAUUCAAAUUAAAACUGACAUGAAUAAUUUGAAAAUUCCUUAUAGAUCUAAAUUUUCCUACUUAAGGCGUUUAAAAAGAUCAUUAGAGAAAAUGAAUUUUCUAAGUAACAUUAUAAAUAAUUAUAUUGAUAAAAAUACAGAAUUACAAGUAAAGUGCUAUAACACGUAUAUUGAAGCAUCAUAUCUUCUAGAAAGAAAAAAAUAUGAAAAGUGCUUGGCGAAAAUAGAUGAAUUUACUAAACUUAUAAAACUUUUAAAAAGGAUUACUAUCAAUUCUAUUUUAGAUAACCAAAAAAAUGAAAAUACUACGAAGGAUGAAGAUGAAAAAUAUAUAAGUAAUGAAAAUAAUAAUAUAGAAAAGUCAUUAGUAAAAAAGAGUGAUACAGUGGUAGAUGAUGAAAAAAGAAUCGAUGAAAUGUAUGACUAUUUUUUAUCGGUUAUAAAUUCAUAUGAACGUAUUUGUGUUUAUAAUAUUAAAAAGGCUAACAUAGGUAAUUCAAAUGAUAAAUUGGAGGAAGAUGAUUUUACGGAUGAUAUUAAUACUAUAUCAGAACAUAAUAAUGGUACAAUUUAUAAAAAAUUAGAUAUACAACUAUUAGAUAAUAUAACAAUAAUUAAUGUAAAAAAUAUUCAAUUUCAAUUACAAGAGCAUAAUAAUAAUAUAAUAAAAAUAAAAAGCAUUAUUGAUGAUAUAAAAACUGUUAUAGAAGAUGAAAUUAUUACAGCUUUAAAUGUAGAUCAUAAUUUAAAAGAUAUUUCUAAAAAUGCAAAAUCUAUUUUUAAUUUCUUAAAUGAUUAUGAUAUAAACUUCAUUAUAAAUAAUUAUGGAAAUAUAUUCUCUAAGUAUUUUGAUUGCUUAUCGAUAGUUCAUGAUGAAUUAAUUAAAUCAACUAAUGAAAAUAAUAAAUUAUCAAAUAAAGAUAAGCUAAUGGAUAAAAUAUGGAAUACUUUAGAAAAUUAUUUUCUCUCUGAAAAACUUUAUAUAGAUAUAGAAAGAACGCUAUUAGUAUUAAUGAAAAAUUUAUUUCAUAUUUAUAACCAUGAUGAUUCAAAGAACUUUACUUUUCGCAAUAAAAAAACAUUUGGUGAAAUUAUAGACUCCAUGCCGUUAUUACAUGAAGGAAUAAGAUAUGCAGAUAUACUUAAACAAAAUACUGAUGAAUUGAAAAACAUAGAAAAUAAUGAUAUUUUUAUUAAUAUUUUACAAAUAAUAAAAAAUGUUAAGUCUUUAUGUUUAGCAUUUUAUUAUGCAUUAACAAAUAAAAAUGCUGAAGCUCAUGUUUUAUUUGAUUUAAUAAAAACAAGAAAUUAUAUAUAUAUAAAAAUUAAUAAUAUAGAAAUACCUAAUAAAUCAUUAUUGCGUGUAGCGAUAUUAUUUAAUAGACUACAAGAUCUCGUUUCUUUAAUGAAUGAAAAAUAUUAUUUCAGACAUUUAUCUAUUUAUGCUUUACAAGUAAAAAACAAAUCAAUAAUAAACAAAAACUUAUUUUAUGUAGAUAAUUCUUUAUUUCAGCCUAAAAUGAAGGAAAUUUCUUUAAGCCCACUACAGAUUGAUAUGAUAGAUAUGUGCCGUGAUUCACCAUUAAUAAAUCAAGUAAAUCAAAAACCAUCAGGAUUUAGAGGUUUAUUUAGAUCAUUUUGGAAAAAAUAA